UGUUCAGCAUGCAGUGAUGCUUCACCAAGUCCCAGAAUAAGCAGCCCAGGAAGAACCGAAGCAAUGAGGGAACAGCUCCAACAUACGCAGAGCAACAAUCGGCAGGUGGCCUCCACAGAACCAAGUCAUGGUUCACUGUCCACUCCUUCUACAAGUAACAAAGAUGCUUCUCAGCUCCGCGUAUCAAGUUUACACAAUGAAUUGGAACGUACAAAAGUAAAGGCUCAUCUGCAAGCUCGAGAAAAGGGGAAGGAGAGACUGCGCCCAUCAAAGUUUGCUGAGCAAUUUUACUGCAGCUCUGAAGAUUGCUUUGAGAUCCCGUAUGGCCAGGCAUGCAAUGAUUCAAGUGACUUAAGAAGCAUAAUGAGCUCUGGAGAGACUGACAUACAUCUGGGAAUGACAGCAAGUAGCAAUCUGUCAGAUAGGUUUGCGUUAGAUCUUAAAGGGCACAGCAAGAAGCAUCCAUAUGGUGGAUGGAGACCGUCAAAGGUGGCACAAGAGCCUCCUGCUCCAGUUGAUUCAGUGCAUAUUACUGACACAGUUGGCCAGAAUGCCCUGAUGAUUGUUUGGGAGCAGCCUUCUAUGGAUGAAACGGAAUGCAGCAAUGGAACAUUUGUUCAAGGUUACAGGAUAUUCAUCGAUGGAGAGUUUCACAAGUCAGUAAAGGGAUCGGAUUGCACAAAGGCCGUGUUGGAAGGUCUUGACUUAAGUGUGCCAUUUCAAGUCAGUGUCCAGACUGUUGGAGUCAAUGGGCUGGUUUCUGGGAAGGUUCAUGUCCCAUUUCUGAAUUGCCGGCCACAUAAAGUUUUAUCAGGACAGCCCUGCCUUGCACCAUCCGGUCAGGCCGGUGAGAGGUCUGAGCUACCAGAGGAAACUAGAUUCACAUUCCUGCCAACACAGUCUAUGUGGAGAAAGUUCAUUGCUGUUUAUGACUAUAAUCCAUUGCAAGACAGCCCCAAUAUUCAUCCAAGCCAUGAACUGGCUUUUAAAGAGGGUGAUACCAUUUGGGUGUAUGGAAAGCAAAGAAGAAAUGGCUUCUGUGAGGCAGAGGUUCACGGAAGGUAUGGUCUAGUACCAAUCUGUUUCCUUGAGGACACCAGCACUGGAUUGCCAAAUACAUUGAAGCAAAAAGCACCCUGGUCAGUUAGUACACCUCCAGGAUAUGAUGGGAUGCCCAAGCUAUCUAGCUCCUCAGAAUACCUCCACAAGCAAAACUCAAACAGGUGACUAUUGAUGAGAAGAGUAUGAAUGUGGUAUGAAGUUUAAAGAAUGCAGGCUUUGUCUGGAAGGUCUAAACAUGCACUGCUGUUUGUCAAAGAAACUUCUUUAGAAAAUCUUCUAUGAAUUGCUGCAGUCUCUGAGUACAGGCUGGGAGUCUCUGCUGAAUGAUUUUUUUUCUCCACUCCCAAUUAGGUGCUAAAUCCCAACAAAGCUGCAGCCUUGAAUUAAUCUUUGCCUUUAAUUUGUUGCCAGGUAUUUAAUUCUCAUACUACCUCUCCACCUUAGUCCAAUUUUGUAUUCCUUGCCAAAAUUCCAGAUUGUUGCACUUGGUCUUUUGUGUCAAAUGUCCUGGUGCACUUUUCAUUUUUUUUUAGAAUAAAAAAACAGAGUUAGUAGCUAACUAAACAUGAAAUAAAAUGGAACCAAUCUGAAUUCUAAAUAGAAUGGAAAAGUAUUGCAGUGCCAUUGUUCUGCUUCUGAAAACAGAUAAAGAACAGCACAUUUAUUUUAGAAAUAACGAAGCUCAGCAUAUAAUAUUGCCUAUUCAAUCACUGUAAGUUUUAAACAUAUUGUAUAGGUGUAUGCAUCUAAUAUUUAAUGUAUUUUAGUUAAUGAUCAAUAUCUUGGAGAAAGAGAAAACAGAAGACCCUCCCGUUGAAUUAAUUCACACAACCCAUUUAAUCGUGUAAAUGCAUCUUCUGUUAUUAUGUGACCGUUGGGUGUUGAAAUCUGUACAAGUGCUGAAGAUGAAGGAACAAAACCAUGCAUAGCUUUCCUGGUGGCACUUUUUUAAAAAAAACAUUCUUUUUGAGCACAGCUUUCAGUAAACAAAUUUGUUUAACAUUUCACUUCUUUUGAAGUGUAUCUCAGGACUGUUCAGGGGCAAUAGUGCUUUCUUGUCAUUUGUUCUAUAUUUGUAUAUUAUGUGUACAGUUUAAGACUGCUUGUUUGCACUUUUCAUUGUCUAUUGCACCUGAAUAAGAAAUGUACUUUUAAAUUUAUUUUUAAAAAAAUGAAACUGCACUACGAGAUCAGUUUAAAAAAAGUAAAACUUCUGUUCUUAAAUUUGCGCUUGCAAGUAAAUUCCUUCUAAUACAUAGACAAUAAGUCUGAAAGGAUAGUUUAUUGAUGGCUGCUGUA